AUGGACAAUAUCACCGAGAAGAUAGCGAGGGUCACUGACCUGAGCACAUACACUGACAUCACACCGGAAUAUCUCAAGAAGGUGUUUGAUGACAUCGGCGGCAGCCCUGAGAAACUCCGCACCAUCUUGAAUUUGUGGUUCACCCCUGGCUUCAAGCCAAGCUUCAUCGAACCACAGACCGAUGCUUUCAGUGGGCUUCAUGACAUUGGCUUCAUCGGUUCACCAGACGUGGACCAAACACCGCGACCGCUACGUUUGAUAGACCUGGAAACCGGAAACAUUGUCGAUGUGUGGAAUACUAGCCCUUUGGACGCUUAUUGCAUGUUGUCGCACCGAUGGAAAGGCGACGAGAUCACCUUGGCUCACAUCAAACGAGCAAGAAUGAUGCACCUUGAGCGCACAAAAAACGGAUCUCGCGAUAUUCCAGACAGUGACAUCAGCAUUGUCCUCGAACAAUGCAAGCUUGAUGUUCUGGAACAAGAAAACAUAAUCUUGUCUCUACUUGGCGACCGUUCAGAAGGCAAGACUGUCGGUGACUUACUAGCUAUGAGCAUUAAUGCUGGAGGUGCCGCGAAAGAGCUCAAUGACGCAAGGAAGGACCGAGACCGAAAGAAGUCGAACGUCGAGCGAUCUAGAAUGGAAAAGAACAUGUUUGAUCAUCUCGCCGAGCGUAUACAACAGAACAUCGGCGGCAAUAAGACAGCCGUCGCUGAUCCGAGCCUUGCCGCAAUCUCUGAUGAAGCGGAAAGCGAGAUUGCUGAUUCUGGUGUUCCUGCGUCUUCGGUUGUCGAUGAAGCGGAAGAAGAGUACGCAAAGGCCCAGCAAGCCUUCGAAGAAAAAUGGGAGAGAAACAACAAGGCAAACGAUGAAGCCAUGUUCUUGCGCGACAAUCGUCCACUUAGUGAUUCUCUUAACGAGCUGGUACGCCUCCUCCAGCGUUGGAAAUCAGCCAUGAAACUGGAUAGCUCGAUGAAAGAGGCUCGUGAGAUCUUCAGGACAAAGCUAUACCCUAAGCGAGGGGCCUCCUACAUCUGGUCUGAUACCUGUUGUAUUGACAAGCUGAAUUACGGAGAACUGUCCCAAUCACUCUCGCUCAUGGGAGAUUGGUACGCCAAUGCUGAGUUCUGCCUCGUGCAUCUUGAUACAGACUUACGAGUUGAGGAUGCGAUUCGAAACUGGAACCUUUUCAAAGGGGAAAUGGGUGAAGUGGACAAGGCGGGCAAGUCUCAGCAAGCUAUUGCCAGCUUCAGCGCUAUUGGAGUUGAUGGACUUGAGUGGGCGACCCGGGCAUGGACACUCCAAGAGCUGGUCAUGAGUAAGAUGGCCUUCUUCACCAAUGCUGAGGGAAAGUUAUUGAGUCGACCAGUGGAAAGUCUCGGAUACGUCUAUCCACUAAUCCCUUUCAUCGACAUCUAUAUCGCUGGCAGCAUAGCGGACAUGUUCUCUAAGGACGUGACAAAAGAGACCACAACAAACACAUUAAGGGCCAUCGUGGAUUCUGAGGCUCUCGAGUCACUCCUGGACAAGAAUGAUGUUGUGGUUGAUAAAGAUAGUGAAGAUGAGAGUGCUUCAGAGAGAGUCAAGGACGGUUUGCGUCUUAUAUCCAUUCUCCAUGCUCUGGGCUUCGUAUUUCCCACGGAGAUGACAACUGAGACAGCUAUACCUGAGAUGACUCGUUCUGUGUAUCUCUCAGCCUGGAAUCUUGUCAAGGGUGGGCACGACGGGUCGAAUGCUCGUGGGAGAGAUGUUUUGCGCGAGUUGAAGAGCCAGAUCACCUUCGAGCUUCAAACAGGAAACGUGACAGAUGAGGAUGAGGUGAAAGACAAGGCUAAGAACGAGGACAAGGCUGAGGCCGAAGCGCAAUACGUCAUCAAUUUUCUGUUGUUUUCUCUUGUUGAGGCAACAAAGGGUCUAGUUGUCUCAGACCGGAACCUGAUUGCAGAGUUCGGACGAGUGCAUCAACUGGAGUCCUGGAAGCAAGGAAUCACUCGCACCGGAUUCUCGGCUCAGCAAGUUCUGCAGCUUUCUUGCCAACGGGAAGCCACCGUACCCGUUGAUCACGUUUAUUCUCUCAUGGGAAUUCUUGGUGUGCGUUUUCAGUCGUUCCACGCUGAGGGCUAUGCCAAAGCCUUAUCACGACUUCUAGAUGAGGUCGUCAUCAACCAUAACGAUGUCUCCGUCUUUAACUGGUCGGGAGUGGGUAUGGGAAGUCCCGUUCGGGGUCGUUCCAUGUACCCUGCUUUCCACGAGGCAUAUGUGAAUGAGAAAGACCACGGUCGACGAUACAACAUGAUGAUCUCGACAGAUGUGCAGAGGAAGCGCAAAGAGGUAAUGCUGGCCUACAAUGGUGUCAUUACUUUGCUUCGAGACACUAUCGAUUGCAUCAAAUCCAAGGGCCGCGAAGGUCUUCCGUUGGAAUGGGUGCAGCAGAUAUGCGCAUUCCUUCGAGAGUCGAGUUUUGAAGUCCUUCGUCCGGAAUUAGACAGCAUUUCCAAGAUUAUUCGGUAUAUCCAGUUGUGCGGUUCCAGAUCCUCUCCAACACAGACAGCACCCGAAACGAAAAAGUCCUUGGAGGGUAGCCCUUCAUCGGGUCCUGGUGAAAAUGUUGGAUUUGGGCGGAGCUUUAGCAAGUCAUCACUACCUACAAUGAAGCUUCAGCCUAACCUCAAAACCCCAAAACUUCCCAGCUUUGGCUUUAGUGGGAUCAGCAAACCGUCCUUUUCGAGACAUCAUUCGGAACCGGUAGAGAGUGACUCUAGUCCAGUGUUGGUCUCACAAGAUCCGAAAAAGCUUGCAACACCUCAAGUACCUGAAUGGCUGUCGCUGGAUGAUCAAGUGAAGACAUACUUGGGAAGCUUGUCGUCUCCUGGUGCAGGUGGCAAAGCACAAUGCGAAUUGCCCAUCAAAAUCCAACAGCUUGAUCCCAAGACAUCUGAGCCACAGGCUGCAACGAAAAGUCAGGAUUCAAGAACAGGCGACCUUGAUGGUACCGAGGAUCUGACAUGUCCCAAUCCUAUUAUCAUUAAUAGUUCUGGAAUUGAAGGUAUCUUUGACAUACAACGCAUCGUUGUUACUAUGAUCGACAGGGAGAAGCUCUCUAGACAGGUGGCACGAGCAACUAGCCCGAAACAAAAAAUCUCAGGAUGGUGCAUCAUUAGCACAGGCUUUGCCAGCGUGGUUGUCAACUUUGCCUGCGACCAACACCUUCUCAAGAAACAGCUCGAUAUCGAACAAGCAGUUCAAGACAUGGUCAUCAAAGAAGACCGAGCUAGCAAACUCCAUGGCAACCUUGAGAUCAAAGGAUCUGCAAAGCCGAAAGAGCAGGAUAGUUCUUCGUCUAAAGUUGAUCGACCUAGCGACACUUCAAAUGAGACCGACAAGAACAAUGCCACCAGUUGGAAGCCUACAGAGGAGGAGAAAACCAUCGUACGUAUCCUAGAUUUCAUCCAGGAGCCCCAACUUCAUCUUGUUGCCGGUGAAUGGGUUCUGGCUCGUUUCUCUGGGGCGCGAGGAGCAAAGUGGUUUUUGUGCUACCUCGAGCUCGGCUCCACUCAUUCCUUCUAUGGUCAUCGCAUCGCAGCGAGCGAUAUUGAUUUCGACAACUCGGCGAUUGAGCCCGGGCUCAUGAAUGCCUGGAAAACCUACAUGAAUCGAAAAAAGAGAAAGAUGUGCAAUGUCUUGAACAAGUACAUCAGCAGUUCAGCCAGUGCGACCAAAGGUCAAGAAAGACUAAAUAAGAGUUCAAAGAUUGCGAAUGAGAACUAUGCAAGGCUUUGGGAUGCAGGGAAUCAAGGUCUUGACAGGGUGAUGAGUAUGGGAUCUUCCACAUCGACCUCCUUGCCAACGCAGCCAUUUGACGAGGGAGGCAAUAAGAAUACCAAGAUCGAGGAGGAUGCGGACUCGGAAGACGAUGAAGUUCCUGGAGCGGGGCUUUUUGAGGAUUUAAUCGAUCAGGGUAAAGAAGCAGCAACUGCUUUGGGCGAGUACACUGUUCUCGCUGUAUAUGAGAGGAUAUGUGAGAUGCAGGCUAAACAUCUGGACAAGCACCUGUCAACGUCGGUGUUGAAGAGGACACCCAAGAGUCUUCAGACUGCGGUUGAGAGUGUAGAUGAGAACAAGGGUUUCCUACCAGCUAUGUAUCACUCUUCCAGACGGGUGCAUAUGUUUUGA